UGUCAUUCGCAUCUCUUGUUAUACUUUGGAUAUACUACCAGAACCACGCCGAUUUCCUAAUCCACAACCCCAACUCUACCUUAAAUCAUGGAUUCCAAACAUGAAUCCAAACAAUAUGCCACCAGCAUCCACAGCGUCUCUACAACCAGUACCCUCCUCGAUACACCACAAGCCAACUUCCUCGAAGGCAAGCGAUUCCACAUCGAAGCUAAAGGAAUCCGUGCCUUCCGCCCGCCCAUGCCCAUGAGACAGAAUGAGAUUCCCAUCUACACCGCCGACGGUACCCUAGCAUACACAGCAACCAAAACCAAGGCCUUAUCAAGUCACUCCAUCCUCUCAUCACCUAAGCACGGAGACCUCUUCUCCAUUGACUUCAAGCCCGGAGGUCGUCCCUGGAUCCGCUUUCUGCAACCCGUAGAAGGUGAUAUCAUUCGGGCGAUUUCGCUGCAGGGGAAGUUGACUACUCGGACUAUGUCGUUUACACCUCCGGAGGGAGGGUGUCAGUGGGAGUGGAAGUAUGAGACUAUUGAUUUCCCUGGUGGAGGGAAGGUUAAAGCGCUAUGUUUAGAGAAGGUAGAUGGUGUGGAAUCAGGGAAAGCUACCCGGGUCGCGCAUCUGUUGCGGAGUCCUGAUACUCGGGCGACGGGUUCAUCUUGUUGCUCUGCUGGGAAUGGCGGGCAACUUGUUCUCAGUCCUGAUGUGGGCUUGAGUAUGGUUGAAGAGGCCCUCGUCCUCGCGACUUGCUUGGUGAUGCUACGCCGGGAAAGAGAUCGUCGGAGGUUUAUUCAGGCUAUGGUUAUUGGCGGUGCGGGCAGCUAAUGGUUUGUGGUUUAGUGGAUACGAUACGUUAUGAGUUAUCAACGUUUUGAUUGUUUUCAAUAUUGUUAUAUUCUCUGUUAUAUAAUUUACUGUAUAUUUUAUCUAUUAUUGUAAAC